GGGAGGGAGGGUUAGACGUAGAGAGCGAGAGCGAGAGAGAGACUGGGCUAAGUGGACAGACCUCACGUUGAGCUCAGAUGAACCUCGGCAUCCUUUCCCACGUUGGAUCAUUUCAGCCCCGUUAAACCAGAGGACCACCGGAGCAAAACCGCAAACACACGGUAAGCUCUUCUCAUAAUUGACUUUUUUCCCUAAAUCUUCAAAAUUCAGUAGUUGACACAGACAAGUUUCCAGCCUUCGGCUCAGCUCAGCUCUCCACUUUAUCGUCCAAAUUCUCGGGGUUUUUUGGAGGCUUUUAACCGGGUCGAGGCGGUUUCCAACUGUUUCUCUGUCAGUUUGAAGCUGUUUGUAGUAGAUAUCUGCGAGCUGUUUAGGUGAAAUAAUGGUGGGCUGAGAGAAGGGUCUGGAAAAGCAGACAAUUAUUUUGGGUGACUGAACUGAGCGCCAAGCUUUGACAGAUGGUACGGAUGACGCCGUGCUUCCCCUCUUAAUUUCCCGGCUAGGUGAUCCUCUGCAGCAUGUGCACUGCAUGGGAAUAUGUGAGUAAAGAAGCCGAAAUGAAGACAAACACCAGGGAGAGGGGCGGAAGAACUGAAGCAGGGGCAGGACGAAGGCAUGCUGGAAAUAAACCAUCAUAAAAACUGGCAGCUGAUCAGCUCUUUGUCAGCCAUUUCACAAGACAAACCGAUCGGUGAACCUCAGCAAUGGCAGCACAUGUUGUGCUUCUUUUUCUUUUAUUCUGCAAAGGGGAAAGACACGGCGUCUCAGAGGCUGUCGGCCUUUCAGAGGAAGAUCCGGAUUCUCAAGUAAUAUCAGACAAAAAGCAACAAGUUUUACAUCAUCCAAAGUCCCUGGACAAAAUUUUUAUUGGAAUCAAAGAAUUGGAAAGCCAUGUACAGGCUUCAGAGAGUGAUGUAAGAACUCUGCCAAAUGUGGCUUUUCAACUAAAUGACGGCAAAGCUAAUGAUUCUGACUUUAAGAGCAAUGCAGCAAAGCAAAUCGACAUGAGACUUAAACCUCCAGAUUCUUCUGCCAAACCUCUUAUACCUAAACAUAGCUCUGAACUCAGUGUGAACCGUGAGAAAAGGAACAAUUUGACUAAUGAAGAGGUUGAAGGUGUAAUUAAUGAUCACAGUCUAGUGCCAAGCUCAGAGGAGGAGUACGUUCUCCAGCCUCAACUCUAUUUGGAGACAGGUGUCGGUGACGUUCAGCCUGAGAGGCUACGGGGCCUCUCUAAAUGGGUCACAGAGUCUGAACAUAGUCAGUCAGAGCCUUACCUGCUGCCACACUCUCGCCGCCGUAGGAGCUGGCUCUGGAACCAGUUCUUUGUGAUUGAGGAGUACAGAGGGCCUGAGCCUGUGCUCAUUGGACGGCUGCACACGGAUAUGGACAAAGGAGAUGGAAGCACUAAAUACAUGUUGGAGGGAGAGGGAGUGGGCUCUGUGUUUGUGAUCGACAGCAAGACGGGCAACAUACAUGUCACCAAGUCUCUGGACCGAGAGGAGAAAGACGAGUAUCGUCUCGUCGCGACUGCUACAGACCGCGAAACUGGCCGAGCCCUGGAGCCGUCCUCUGAGUUCAUCAUCAGAGUUCAGGACAUCAACGACAACCCACCUGUCUUCCCCAAUGAACCUUAUGUUGCCAUGGUGCCGGAGAUGGCCAACAUAGGCACGUCAAUAAUCCAGGUCACAGCCAGAGAUGCUGACGAUCCAACAUAUGGGAACAGCGCUCGGCUGGUGUAUGCCAUUACUCACGGCCAGGACUUUUUCUCUGUGGACCCUCAGACAGGCAUUUUGCGGACGGCGGUACCUGACAUGGACAGAGAGACUCAGGAUGAGUAUCUGGUCGUCCUCCAGGCCAAAGACAUGGGGGGCCAUCUUGGUGGAUUAUCGGGAACUACGACCGUCACAGUGAGGCUGAGCGAUGUCAACGACAAUCCACCUCACUUUAGAAGGAGUGCGUGGUCCUUCUCUGUAUCAGAGCUGGCGGCACCAGGUGUGGAGGUGGGCCGUCUCACCGCCACUGAUCCUGAUCUGGGAGAAAAUGCACAGCUGGAGUUUACCAUCCUGGACACUGAGGAGGCUGAAAUAUUCAACGUAACUAGAAGAGACAAAGAGGCUGUCAUUGUGCUGAACAAGAUCCUGGAUUAUGAAACACGUAAUUCGUAUACUUUCUCAGUGGAAGUGACAAACCCUAUAGUGGAUCCCCGAUACAUAAGAAAAGGUCCCUUUAAGGACCAGGCAACAGUCCGGGUCAUGGUCCUUAAUGCUGAUGAGCCACCGCGAUUCUCCCAGGCUCUGUACCAUCUGGAUGUUUCUGAGAACUGCCCCCCUGUCUGCUCUGUCGGUCGGGUCUACGCUGUGGACCCAGAUACAGGACAAAGCACCAACAUUAGGUACUCCAUCGAUCCCCAGUCAGACCCCGAGGCUCUGUUCCGCAUCGCCUCUGACACUGGCUUUAUCAACACUGUGAUGGAGCUGGACCGUGAGCAGGAGCAGUGGCAUAAUAUCACUGUCAUCGCCACACAGAGGGACAACCCAAAUCUUGUGUCAAGGGUUGUGGUUGCCAUAGAGACACUAGACCAGAAUGACAAUGCGCCGGAGUUGGACAGGCAGUACACGACGUCAGUAUGUGACUCCAGUGCCCCCGGUCAGGUGGUUCAGGUUUUACGAGCCAUCGACAGAGAUCAAGGAGGACAGGACGCCCCGGUUCACUUCAGCAUCCCUCCAGAGUCCAGCUCUGCCCUCAACCUCUCCAUCAGAGAAAGCGGAGGUGUGACAGCCAGCCUGGUGCUCCAGACAGCCUUAGAGCCCCUGCCUGGCUUCUCCUCAUCUUUACUCACCCUUUACGUACCAGUUGUGCUGCGUGACGGGGCCUCGGGUCUAACCAACACUGGCACAGUCACCGUGACUAUUUGUCCCUGUUUGCGGGGGGGCAUGCAGACUGAGGACAGGGGCAGACAGAGGGACAGGAGAUGGGAGAGACAUAUGGUUUGUCUUCCCGUGCCAUCCGCCUCUCCGUCUCUUAUAUUCAGUUUGGUGACAUUACUGGCCAUGCUGGCCUGUGUCACAACUCUUCUGGUGGUGUGUGCACUCUCGCUGUCAUUGCGCCAUCAGAAACGAGACUCCCACUCAACCUUCGAGGAAGAUGAUGUCAGGGAGAACAUCAUAUCGUAUGACGAUGAGGGGGGAGGGGAAGCAGAUACCGCAGCUUUUGACAUUACAGCGCUGCAGAGCAUGCACAGAAUACAGCACAUGCACAACAACCGAACCAUAUGGUACACCCAGCAAAAUCUGCCAAGGGCCAGGACGUACAGCUGGAGUCGUCACCCACGCCCGGGCCUGGACCCUCAGCAACGUCCGGGCUCCGCUCCGCUCUACGGGCGCUUCUGCUACGGCCUCCACACACUGCCUGUUCUCAGAGAUUAUCCAGCCGGGCCACUGGAGGCAGGUCUGCAGCUAACUCAGCUGACCCACGGGCUCACCAGAGGUCAUUUCAGCAAUUCCCUCAUCAUCCAGAACCAGAACACCUUUGAGCCUGUGCUGCACUCUCCUGAGAUGAGCACCAGUAGUUUCGAAGCAGAAGGCAUGGUGAAAAGCAAAAUUACAGAGCGAAAUGAAGGCAGUGAAGCAAUCGCAGCUGGCACAAAGGAGAAUCAGGAUCCAGCUAAGACAAAAUCAACAGAACCAGAGUCAACACCAAUCACCAGCAUGGCCGCAGAUUCGACCUACUGUGACCCAAAUGAGUCUUCAUGCCAAAGUCACACCAGCUUCUCAUCAAACCAACAAGAGGGGCGACCGGGGUCAUCCCAGACUCAAAUCAGCACUGGAGCCACGAGCUGCACCGUAGAUGACAUUGAUACUGAUUCUUCUAUUCCCUCCAUUUCCGAGCAAAAUUAUUCAAACAGCAGUCAAAUGAGCUCUGUAAACACUCCUGUGUACCUGAAAGGAGACACAUACAGCAUUGUGGGCUCGCUGAACCCAAACAGCCGAGGGACGUGUAUGAAUGGGACUAACAGCAGCGGGCUGUACCCAGCGGGAGUGCAGCUACUGAACAUGUGUGGACUCCAGGGAAAGGAUUUGACCCCACAGUCUUUGCCCUUACCUGAGGGGAUGUUUGGCAACAGCAGAGGCUGGGCAAGUGGGGCGGAGCCGGCGAGAACAGAAACGACCAACCCGCAGCCUCUCAGGAUGGAGGAGCUCUUGAAUAUUCGUCUGGACCAGGUCACCUUUGACCUGUCACAGCCACCCUAUGACUCACUGCAGACUUACGAGUUUGAGGGCCGUGAUUCAAGGGCCGAGUCGCUGAGUUCACUGGAGAGCGAUGGAGAAAAGGAUGAUGGGAGGGUGGUGGGAGGGAUAGAGGAGCUAAACCAGAAGUUUCAGAGGCUGGUGGAGAUUAUCCGAGAGAGGAAGAGGGAAAAGGAAGGAGAAGGAGAAACGCGAGCGCCAGAGGGAGGCAAGACAGCAGAGACCACUCUCAGUGAGACUCAUAAACAAAGUGAGGACAAAGGAGCUAAACUACAGAGAUGGGAUUUCUAGACUCCAAUAAAAGAGAAGUUUCAGAGAGGAGAACUAUGUUGGCAGUGAUGGAUUUUAAACACAGCAGGGGUGGCAAAAUACACAGCCUCUGACAGAAAUCGUCUUGUUGUUUGCCCCCUGCCAGGAGGAAUCCAGGAGGCUGACAGUACAGUGAAGAUUUGUGGUGCAAUCAGUGCACAGCAUAUAGUUUUCACCUCCACUGAAUUUUAGCAAAUGCAUAUGGAACCUGUCACUUUUCACACUUCUCUUGUAACUGAUAUUAAUAAUGCACUUGGGCUUUCAAAGCUAACAUUAUGAAAAAUUUACUUUUAUGUAAAAUAUUGAUUCUAAGCCCUGAAAGCUGCAUUGUUAGAAAAUAGGCCUCAUCAAAUAUUGACCAGAAUUGUGACAUUUAAUAUUGAUCGUUUAAUAGGGGCACACGCUCUAGAUAAUCCCUGAAAUUUAUAAACAUUUGGAUGUGAAUUGGAGAAUUUUAAAACACGAGAAUUUUAAACAUGCCAUGUCACACACUGCCGCAUGUUUACAGAGCCUCUCCAAUGAGUCUAAUUGUAUCUUGUAGCUCUGCAGAGAGACUCCUGCAAGUAGUCACCAUUAUAGUAAAACCUGCUCACUAUGCAAUUUGCUCACAAUUAGAAAUAAUUAGACUGUCACUGUCAGACUUGUGUGUUGUUGUGAAAGUACAGUA